AUGUCGGACCCAGCCACCCGCCCCCUCGCCACGGCAAAACCACGCCUUCCUUCCGGCACAAACGCCCCUACCGACAAACCAAAACCCUCAGAUCUCCCCUACGAAGAGCGAGAAAUCCGCAACCGCGCCGCCCGCGUCCUAGAAAAUGAGGAAAUGCUGCUCUUGCUGAGUAGACAAAGACACGAGACCCGAAUCUAUUGCGAAGCCAGAGCGGCGGGACUAAAAGAUGAGACGCUGAAGUUCGACUAUACCAUGGAUGUGAGCGAAGAGACCAAUAAGUCCGGCACAAAGAGCCCGGCUGCAAAAGGCACUGCGCGUGUGGUGUCUGGGUCAAGCAAGAACCCAGGUUCGCCACUGAAUAGCAAGAGAGACAAGGAUCGAGGACGGGAUGGAGGAAGGAGGAGCACUGGUUCUGCCAGGUAA